AUGCAGGCAUGGCUUGAGCGCAGAAGCGCCUUUGCAGCCUGUCAGUUGUCGGCAGCUCUGCUCCAAACUACCUUUGCCCAAACGCAGCUCUCGGUCGAUGCAGAUUUGGUCUUGAUGCAAGAGUGGGCAGCGAAGUUUCAUGUCCAUGCCAGUCAACAGGUGCGCUUUCGGUGGACGAAAGUCUCAGCCUGUGCCAAGCUGUUUGCGGGGGUGCAGCAGCGAGGCGUGGCGGCCACCCAGGACACCAUUUCCAAGCUGUUGGAGGGUGUGCCUUUGAAUGAUGGGCACCCAAUCCUGAUUGUUGACUGCAUGCCCAACCGGAUUCCAGACCUGGUGGGGAACAAGUACCUGUCCAGCCAUGCGUCGCAGCUCAAGGACCUGGAUGCCAAAGUCGCAGGGGCCAAGGCUAUUUCCCAAGCUUUGAAGGGUAAGGGGGAAGCGCCGUCAGUUCCCACAACACAUGCGACCCACGGCAAUGACACGGGCUCAGGAGGUCAAGACCGCAUGGUGGCUUCCCCAGAUUUUGGUGAUGAUGCGAUCCCCGACAUUGAGAAGCGAGUGAACUUGGAAACCAAGACCCUGGAUGAAUUCAAUGCUUCCAGGCUGGUGUGCAAAGCCAACAUGCAGCAGGCCUCUCUGGCCAUUUGCAAGGACAGCAACGAUGGCAGCCUCUGGAUCCUGAACGAUGAGGUUCAGAACUGUGAGUUGAAAGCCCGUGAGCUAUUUGGUUUCAACAUUGGAUCUUUCCAAGAACUUCCAACAGGAGAUGCAUCAUCGGUGACCGACCAGCUGCCUUGGAUCAUCCAAUCUGACCUGGAUUUGGUGGUCUUGGUGUCCAGUGGUUCUGAUGGAAACCCCAGCACGGAGAUCAUGACCGUUUCGGAAGUGUUUUGCUGGAUCACCAGGUUUUCCAAGAUCGGGCAUACUGGUUUAGAUUCUAGAGCCCAGCUUGCCAUGCCACCUUUAGAUGCGGUGGAUCGACUAUCGGAUGAUGCUGAAGUGCUGGAGGUAUCGCCCACACAAGCACCAAGACCACCGGCUUUGAAGAAACCCAAGGCAACAGCAAAGGCUUCGGGGACACCAAAAGCACUGAAACCCAAGCCUUCCCCGAAAAAGGGAGCCACACCGAAAGCCACUCUCAAGCGCUCUGCUGCCUCUGCAUCUGCAGCAUCUGCAGCGUUGAAGAGGCCGGCAUCCCGCGGUGGAAGAGUGAAAGAUCCCAACCACAUAUCGGUCUGUGCAUCCAAGUACAAGUCGAAUGGCAUCUGGGGCAUCAAGCUUGCCCAAAAGGAAGUGAGUCGUGCAGCAGUCAAAGCGGAGCUGAUUCGAACCAAAGGCUCUGUGGAAGCUGGCCAAGCACUGAGGGAGUCACAGCAGACUGAGCGUCGCCUGCAUGCCCUGCGUUUGGCGCUGACUUGUUACAACGGGUCUGGCAGUUGCGCUGUUGAGACCUUUGAUUUGUCUCAAGAUCAGAAAUUGAUCUUUCUUCGAUGCUUCUGGGUCCAAGCGCGGCCGUUUGGUCCCGAACUGUCAUAA